GAGAACUUACGGGGAGAGGGGUAAUGAUAGCGGGUCUCAUAAUACAACCAAGGGGCAUUGGUGGCCCGUUACACCCGAACAGAGCCUCUAAACCCGGGGUAAAACAGCCAACAUGUCCUAAGAAGUUCUCAUCAUAGCCGGAGGAUAAAUCGUCACACGCAGGUGCCUGCACUUGCGCCGCCUCCGUGUCUGUGUGCUGUAUUGGUAGGUGUUUACCAACAGUAAUCUUGCUAACAGGGAGAGUGAUAGUUAGCGGAUCAAGUCAUGGCGACGUUAGCUAGAAAUUGUUGCCGGUCACUGGGCUUUUUAUAGCCAACGUCAGUCCUCCUGGACCGUUGACGUCCUGUUGGACCACCGAGGACAGCGCGCGACCUUGAGGAUCAUGGAUUUCACGCGGCUUGCUGUAGAUGCUGGACAGUUCAUCAACCGUGCUGUUCAGUACACAGGGGAGAGUCUUGGCCAGGCAGACAAGACUCCGUUGGACCCCGGACUGGAGGCGCUUUUGGCCCGUGCUGACGCCACCAAGACCUGGACCGACCAGAUAAUCUCCCAGACUGAGGUUUUACUGCAGCCCAACCCCGGAGCACGGUUUGAGGACCGCCUGUACGAGCAUCUGGAUUGGAGUGUCCCACCACGGCCACGUGCACAUGAGGUAUUGGGAGAUCUAAUGAUCCAGGCUGGACUGGAGAUAGGUUCCAGCACACCGUAUGGAACAGCACUGCUCAAAUGUGGGGAGACUCAGAAGCAACUUGGGGAAGCAGAGCGACAGUUUGUCCAGAGCACCAACAUCCACUAUCUCAACCCUCUGAAGAGUUUCUCUGAUGGGGAAUACAAAGCCAUACAGACAGAGCGUAGGAUGUUGGUGAAUAAGCGUUUGGACUUGGACAUUGCUCAUACCAGACUGAGGAAAGCUCAUGAAGCUGACCGAGAGGCCAGAAACCUGAAUGCAAACCCACAGGACGAUGACUACGUGGCUCAUGUCUCCUACAUGUUCAGCUUCCUGCGUGUGAAAUGGCUAAAGAUGUGGGCUCAGGAAAUCUCUCAGGCAGAGAUGGAGCUGAGGAUUUGUCAGAGUCUCUUCGAUCGACAGUCUGAAAUUACGAGACGAGUUGUGGAGGGAAUCAGCAACACUCACACCAAUCAUAUGAGGAGCCUUACUGACUUUGUGGAGGGUCAGGCCUGUUAUUUUGACCAAUGCAACCAGUAUGCUCAGGAGCUUCAGAAACAGCUGGCCAGCAUUCCAGCUGUCCUCUGCUCCAAUAACUGGCAGUCAGAAAUUACUACCGAAGGCAAUCAUCCAUCAACAAGCAACCAUGUAGCUAAUGAGCCCACCGGGUUAAAUCACGUCAACCCGAUUCCUGUAGAAGUGCACCAAAUUCCAGACUUUGACCAGGACUCAUGGACAGUAAAUCCACCACCCAGACCCGAGGAAACAAUGUCAGGCUCCUUUGUAACCACACAGCCGACUAAUCAAACAAACAGGAACAAUAACAACAACACCUUCGCUGCUAACGGCCAGGACACAAGCCAGUGUGCAGCCUCCAACCAAGCAUCUGAUCACGCCUGUACACCAAUCUCACAGAGUCUACCAUCAGAUCAGACCAAUGGAGCAACAGCUGGGGCUGGUGACCUGAGCUUAACGGAGGUUUCCCCCCCUUCUGAGAUCAGCGAUAGCUCAAAUGAGCCUCAGAUAGCAAAUGCAGUAGAGAGUGAGACCAUGGCAACCAAUGAUAAUGCUGUUGAGACCUUGGGAACCAAUGGCAUGGCUACUGAGCCUGAAACAACCAGUGAACCCUCAAACCACCUGCCUGCCGUUAAUGGAGAGGAUGUCCAGGAGUCAUGAUUAUCCAGUCAGUAAAAUGUGUCAGCUGGAAGGAUCUUUGGCUGGUUUAAACCAGUUGUAACUGACAUUGCGUAUUGAAGAAUCGUCUUUUUUUAGAUAGAGAGAAAACCUCUAGGAAAAUGUGUGAAGUGUUUGUGAAAGUGCUUUUUUUUCUAAAGGUGAUCUAGUGCCACAAUCACUACAGCCUUUAGCCAUGUUAUGAUUAAUAAUUAGCAUAAUUGAUGACUGUUUUCAUUAUCAGUCACCUUGUUGUAAUGGAUUUAAUGCAGACAGUAAGAUUUCCAAGCUUCUGGCUGGGAGAUGAGGCCUGGCUGACGGUUGUUAAUUCUUUUUUUUUUUUUUUAGCUAAAUGAAGCUAAUGAAGCUCUGUGCCAAGUCUACUCUACUUGUGUAUAUUUGUUGUUGUGAGAGCGUAGUUCCAUGUUUGUGUGUCCUCAUCUGCCACUUCCCAGUGUUUACAGCUCACCCAGACCUGUAACACCUCAAAAAAGAAUUAUGUGUAUGUUUACGUACGGGACUCUGCCCCCGCUUGAAGUUGAGGUCAUUUUUCCAUGUGAAACAUGUCACUUACGUGCGUUUGGGAGCCCCGUGAGGUGACAAAAAACACCAAGCUAAAGAGAGUCUUUAUGCUAUAGCAUGGCAAAAACUGUUGCCUCAUAUGUUCUCUGGGUGUUUCCCCCUGUGCUUAGUCAAAUCACAAACUCACUCUUAGCCCUUUACCCCCUCAAAGCCCCCACUAGAUGAAAUGGAUAGAAGUUUCCAUGUCCAGAUGUUGUUCAUUUUCUCUGUUAGGGCAGCCCUGCUCUACUGUGGUGUGGGUCUACUCUGGGGACCCCUUGAUGGAAACAAGCAUUAAUGUAGCACUAACCCUACUGAUGUAAUCACCCAACAGCUCUACGCUCCACACUUCUGUCCCAAAAUGUAAAGAAGUGUGCCCGUAUGGAUAGAAACACUUCAAUUGUAGCUGCUGCCAGUUUUAUACUUGUUAAAGACUGUAGAUUGAGCUGAUGUCAGCUCAAAGUUGGGCUUUUUAUUUUUUUUUUCAUGUGAAAAUGUGGAAAUAAAUAUGA